AUGCUUGCGAGCGCGACGAGAGCAGGGACGACGUCCACCAAGCCCGGCCACGCCGCGGGCGCCGUCCGUGGAGCCGGAGCCGGCGGCAGCGGCACCCCCGUCGCCGUCGUCACCGGCGCCGAGCAACAGGAGGUCACCGUCUCGCAGUUCGUCGCGCAGCUAGAUGAGGCGGCGCGGCUGAGGCUGGACAGCAUGCACCAGAGGCUGAGGUUGCUGGAGCAGCAGAUGGAGACGCUGGAGGCCGAGGUCGGCAAAGCCAGCAGCACUAGGAUGGACACCUACGCCUAG